AUGGCAUUGCGAGGAAUUCGAUUUUGUAAAGAAUGCGCUAACAUCCUCUAUGCUCGAGAACAAUUUGACAAUGAACGCGAAGAGCGUAGACUGAUUUACUCCUGCAGGAUUUGCGAUUACACAGAAAAAGCAGUUAAAGCUGAAGAUAAUCUAGUCUAUCACAGACAAGUACGAAGACUAGCUGAGCACGUAGACGCAGACUAUAAAGAUUAUCCACUGGAUCCUACACUUCCAAGGACGUUUGAUAUCGAGUGUCCCAGAUGUGGAUACAAUGAAGCUGUUUUUUUCCACGCAGAGACUGAAAGUGGAGAGUCAGGGAUGAGGCUUACGUAUGUGUGUUGCAAUAGAAGUGAAGAAAGGGCUUGUGGAUAUUCGUGGCAAACUUAA